AUGAAUUUAAUUGGAAAAAUCACCCCACCUACUACUAAAGAGCAUUGCUUUUUCAUAGUGGCAAGAAAUUAUUUUACUAAGUGGGUAGAGGUUGUUCCAAUGAAAUCGGUUAGUCACGCCGAUAUCAUUCAGUUUUUAAAACAACAUAUUAUUCGUCGCUUUGGUCUUCUAGAAACCAUUACUUAUGAUAAUGGUAGUGUUUUCUCAGGAGGAGAUGUUGAUCGGUUUGCUUCUGAAUAUGGAAUACCGAUCACCUUUUCAACAUCGUAUUACGCACAAGGGAAUGGUCAGGCAGAAUCCAGUAAUAAAGUUUUGAAAGCAAUUUUGGCUGAAGUCAUAGAUGAUAACCCUAGAAGUUGGGUAGAAAUGUUGUCUAGAGUAUUAUGGGCCUUUAGAACAUCACAACGGUCAACUACUGGUAUUACCCCUUAUGCCUUGACUUUUGGGCAUGAUGUCGUUCUGCCUAUGGAGGUCAUUAUUCAGUUGGCAAGGGUAGCCCGACAACACGACCUAACUCCUCAGAGAUACGCAAAAGCCAUGCUUUCGGAGUUAGAAGAUAUGGAUGAAAAACGUUUACAAGCUUUAGACCAUUUACAUGUGCAAAAGCUAACGAUUGCAAGGGCCUAUAACAAAAAGGAGGAGUUUAUAGGUUGA